CCAGCUGAUUGGCUUGUGAGUUUCGUACCAUAACCUCACAUUUGUUGCUCUAAAUGUGAAAAAGAAGAUAAAAUGUUGAAAAUCACUCGAAUUCCGGGCAUAGCGCCCCAUUUGCGUUACACCGUUGCAUCCUUUUGCACCCACACGAAAGGCAAGAAAAUCCUCAAGGAGGAACGUGAUAAAAUAGUGCAGGAAAAGGUGAAACUGGAAUGGAGGGAAACAAUGGGUCAGCGGAAUGAGUGGUCCAGUAAAUUGGGGCUCUUUGCUCCGGAGAAUGAGAAUGCGGAUUUUAUUACAAUGAUGCAGCAGCCAUGGGAUUUAUCGGUGUCAAGUGUGAAGCGCUGGUAUGUGCGGAAGAGGGAGAAAAUGAAUCGAGCAAUGCAAUCAUUCAAUCAGGAACGACAUGAUAUGCUGGGUUCUGACCUGGCGGCGGCACAUUUUAUCGUUUUCCGCGGUGGCCGGGUACGCUUUGUGGGUGCUAAGGAGUGGAUAAAAAUGGAGAAGGAUGCUGUGGAGUAUAAUGUACCGAAAUUUCAUGAUCCCAAAUACAAAGUGGAAGCCCUUGAUUGCUCCCGGAUGGUUUUGUACUACGAGGGAUUGGAGAAUUUGAGACGUUUAUUCUUUAUGCGGUACCUCAGCUUUCGGGACGUUGCCACAUUUGAUGAUUGGUGCCUGGACAGAGUGUCCGGGAGUGAGUGUGAAGCUCUGGAAGAAUUGGAUUUGAGUGGAACGUGUAUCACAUACAGAGGCCUCUCUGCUCUCUAUCGUCUGCCACAGCUGAAGAAACUCACCCUAACCCUUCCGGUGGAUGAAGUUCAAGCCACACAAAUGAAAUUGGCAACGGCAAUGCUGGAGGAAUGCUGUCCAGAACUUUCUGUGAGUUAUCUUUCAUCUCAAGACUCCCUGAGGCCCCAGGAAACUUUGCUGGAAACGUAAAUUUUGUCAUUUUUUUUGUAGAAAACUAUAAAAAGGGGGCUUAAGUAAAUUAUAAUGCUUAUUUAAUUAUAA